CCACAGCGGUUUUCCUAAGGUUCAUCCUCCUCUGCGGCCGCUGUCAAAAUCACUGCGUCGCGUUCAAAUAAUGCUCCAAUUGUUUUAAACAGGACUGACGUGCGGUCUGCUGCUGACUGUGAGGAACAUCUGUCUGCAUUACAUUACGACGCCGUUGGUUGUGGCGGGUUCAGACCUGUGAUUUUAAUAACUCGGCGAUAUUAGUUGUGAAGUACGCUUGUGUAGUUUGCAGUAUGCAGUGUAGUGUGCAGUGCUGUAGGGAGCAGUACUAACGCACUGAGCUGCAGUAAUUGGUCGCAGUGUCCUGAUCAUUACGCGCCGCGGGCCGGGAUAAAAUGGAUCAAAAUCGCUGUGAAAAGUUAUAAAUAUUAUAAAGAGAAAGACAUGGACUACAGGCGCAAGAGGAGACUGACUUUCUUCACUAUAGGACUGAUCUUCUUACUGAGCGGGAUUGAGUACGCUGUGAUUUUGCCCACAAUAUGGAGGUAUCUGCAAACGUUAAAUGCGGCGCCGUACUUUCUUGGUCUCAGCCUAUCAGCAUUCAGCUUCAGCGGGCUUCUCGCCGGUCCUUUAUUUGGCCACUGGUCAGAUCGCACACUCACCACCAAGAAAAUCAUCCUGUUCGCCAAUGUCUUCGAGAUUGUUGGUAAUUUUAUGUAUUUUAUGGGAUACUCCAAAUGGUUAUUGCUCUGCAGUCGUCUAGUUGCAGGUAUUGGCACUGGUGCUGGAUCAUCUAUCUUCGGCUUCUUGACUAGAAAUACAGCUCCUGAGGACCGUUCGACUGUUUUUGCUGCGGUCAUGGCCUGCCGUCAAGCUGGGCUUCUCAUUGGUCCUGCAUUCAAUAUCUUUCUCAGACUCUGUAACUUCCAGAUCGGACCUUUUACAGUAAACAAAUACACUUCCCCAGGGCUCUUCAUGUGCCUGCUGUGGUUCCUUCUUCAGUUUGUAGUCCUGUUCAUGUAUUGGGACUUCAGUCCUCAAGAUCAAACGCGUCAGAGGAGCGGAGUGGAGCAAGAGAAGGUGGAGCAGGAGGAAGAAGAGGAGAGUGAUGAGGGAAAACCUUUGGUUGGGCCCAACGAGCUCACUGGGUCAUACGGGACAGUCACUAGUGUCCAGUCCAGAACCUCCUCGGUGGCCAACGGUGAUGUGACUCACGUUUCCCCUCCGCCUUCACCUCCACCUGAGGACGUCAACUCCAGUCCGUUCAAGAACUUCAGCGUCAGCAGUGAGUUCCUCAGAGAGGAGGUGAUUGUGCUGUUGGCAGCUCAGUUUAUCACACUGUUUAAUCAGACUGCUCUGGAGACUAUGGUGACUCCUCUGACGCAGAAGUUCUUUAACUUCGGCGAGUUGGAGAACAGCAUCAUGUACUGUGUGUGUGGCGUGGAGGUGAUCGCAGGCUUCCUGUUCGUGCGCUGGUUGAGCAAGCGUGUGGCGGAGCGAGUGGUGCUGGCCGUCGGCCUCAUCCUCUGCAAUAUCUCCUGCGUCUGGUGCCUGAUCUUCCUGGCCAAUCCUCAGGGUGGAUUUGCGUGGCAGCUGGCGGAGUUCAUCAUUGGAGUUUUCCUACAGGUCCUGGGCCUUCCUUUUGUGGCAGUCGCCCAGGUGUCUCUCUUUUCCAAAAUUACAUCAGAGAAGACACAAGGGUUCAGUCAGGGAAUCCGACGCUCCGUUGGAGGACUGGCCACCAUUCUCGGCCCUCUCUGGGCGGGCGGUCUGACCUCUAACCUGUACGUGAUGCUGGGGCUGAUGAUGGGUCUGCUCGCCCUACUCACUAUAAUGAUGGUGGUGUCCUAUGAGCGACUGGUGGAGCCUGUAACUGUAGACAGUCACACAGGCACUGAGUCUGAAGACUGACGCAGGGUUUGAUUUCAGCAAGCUUGAGCCGUUGUUGGUGAGCGAGCUGAUCCUCAUUUGACUCAAUAAAUCUUGAUUCAAUAAAUCUAGGUUUGAUUCACGUUAACACAGCUCCAGCUGAACCACCAUCAGUGACCAACAUCUGGAUUCACUGUAACAACACUAAUAAAUGCAGUGAAUGGAGACGUCAGGAAUGGGUAAGACCUACAUAACAAGCAAACAUAGAUGCUGAUGAAAUGAGGUGAUUCUCUGGAUGUCUUCAUCUCUGCUCUGUGCAGAGCUUUGAUCAGGGCAAAGACUUUUGAUAAAUGCACAUCUCUACUAUAUUUCCUAUGGAAAUUCCAGUAGAUCAAAUGUUUUAGGAUUGAGAACGAAAGCCACAUUCAGAGGGAAAAUCCAUUCAUGUGCGUAAUUAUUUUAUAUUAAUAAAGAGAUGAAUGCAAUAAAUUUAGGAUAAUAUGUGAGUUAUGUUGCUUAUUGAUUAUUUAAUAAAAGAGAAUAUUAUUAUACGUUUUUUUUUGUGUGUGUGAUGCAGAGGCUGUUUGUGUUAGAAAGCUUCAGCAUUUUUCAAAAUGUAAUUAUUUCCCUUUUUUCGCUUGAAAAGAUUACUGCUACUUUCCAUAAUCAGACCACCUUAGGCCCAAAAUAUCAGGGCUGCUUUAAGAUAUAUAGAUUAUAAUUGAAAACAAACAAACAAACUAAAAACAUUACAUGUUUUUACAUUUCGUGUCCCUUUUUUCAUAAUUUUGGAUUUAUUUUAAAAAAAAGUCUUAUUUUUUAUUUCUUUUUUAAUUUUUAUUUUACAGUUCUGUUAAAUUUCAGUGCAUACAAAUUUUCUCAGUACAUAAUUUCUCAAUUCAAAUUUUUAAAAAUCAGAUUUAUUAUUAUUAUUAUUAUUAUUAUUAUUAUUAUAGUAACACUUCACAGUAAGGUUCUUUAGUUAACAUUAGUUAACGGCCUUAAUUAACAUGAACUAAGGAUAAACAAUACAUCUACAGCAUUUAUUAAUCUUAGUUAAUGUUAAUUUCAGAAUUUAUUAAUGCAUUAUUAAAAUCACAAGAUGUGUUAACAUUAGUUAAUGCUCUGUGAACUAGCAUGAACAAACAAUGAACGACUAUUUUUAUUAACUAACAUUAACAAAGAUUAAUAAAUACUGUAGUAAAUGUAUUGUUCAUUGUUUGUUCAUUUUAGUUAAUACAUUAACUAAUGUUAACAAAUAAAAAGUGUUACCAUUAUUAUUAUUAUUAUGGUAACACUUUACAAUGAGUUUGUAUUAGUUAACAUGAAUGCAUUAGUCAACAUUAACUAACAAUGAAAAACUGUUAAGCAUUACUGAAUUUUUGUUAAAGUUAACUUACACAUAUACUAAUAGGUUAGUUAAUACAUUAGUUAUCAUGAACUAACACUAAACAAUGCCACUGUUCGGGAUUAGUUAAUUUUUUGUUAAUGUUAACUAAUGCAUCUCUUCUUCAUAUGACAUAUUAUGUAAAUAGUUAUCAUUUGUUAAUUAGUUAUCAUAAACUAGCAAAGAUUAAAUAAUACUGAACAGAUGCAUUGUUCAUUGCUCAUUGUAAAUGUUAACUUACCCAUAUACUAAAGCAUCUCUUCACAUUAACAGUUGAAUUAGUUAACGCUGGUUAAUGCAUUUGUUAUCAUGAGCUAACACUGAACAACGCCACUGACCGGGAUUAAUUAAUUUUUUGCUGAUGUUAACUUACACAUAUACUAAUACAUCUCUUCACAUUAAUGUAAUUAGUUAACUUUGGUAAAUGCAUUAGUUAUCAUAAACUAACAAAGAUUAAGUAAUGCUGAACAAAUGUUAUACAUUGGUAAUGUUAACUUACCCGUCUAGUAAUGCAACUCUUUACAUUAACAGUUUAAUUAGUUAAUGUUGGUUAAUGCACUAGUUAACAUGAACUAACAAAGAUUAAGUAAUUCUGAACAUAUGCAUUUUUCAUUGUUACUGUUAACUUACCCAUAUACUAAUGCAUCUCUUUACAUUAACAGUUGAAUUAGUUAACGCUGGUUAAUGCAUUUGUUAUCAUGAGCUAACACUGAACAACGCCACUGACCAGGAUUAAUUAAUUUUUUGCUAAUGUUAACUUACACAUAUACUAAUACAUCUCUUCACAUUAAUGCAAUUAGUUAACUUUGGUAAAUGCAUUAGUUAUCAUAAACUAACAAAGAUUAAGUAAUGCUGUACAAAUGUUAUACAUUGGUAAUGUUAACUUACCCAUCUAGUAAUGCAUCCCUUCACAUUAACAGCUUAAUUAUUUGACGCUGGUUAAUGCACUAGUUAACAUGAACUAACAAAAACUAAGUAAGGCUGAACAUAUGUGUUAUUGAUUGUUAAUGUUAACUCUUCACAUUAACAGUGUAAUUAGUUAAAAAAUAAGUAAUGCUGAACAGCUGCAUUGCUCAUUGUUAACUUACCCAUAUACCAAUGCAUCUCUUCACAUUAACAGUUUAAUUAAUUAACACUGGUUAACACAUUAGUUAACAUGAACUAACAAAAAUUAAGUAAUGCUGGACAGAUGUGUUGUUCAUUGUUAUUGUUAACUUACUCAUAUGCAUCUUUUCACAUUAACAGCUUAAUUAGUUAAUGUUGGUUAAUGCAUUAGUUAACAUGAACUAACAAAAAUAAGUAAUGCUGAACAGAAUGUUGAACGUUGCUCAUUGUUAUUGUUAACUUACCCAUAUACCAAUGCACCUCUUCACAUUAACAGUUUAAUUGGUUAACAUUGGUUAACACAUUAGUUAACAUGAACUAAAUAAUGAACUUACUAAUUUACAAACCAACUAAGCGUUGGUUAUUGUUAAUGUUAACUUACCCAUUACUAAUACAUUUCUUCACGUUAACUGAUCUAUUAGUUUAUACUGGUUAAUGCGUUAGUUAACAAUAACUAACAAUGAACAGCAUCACUGUUUGGGAUUAGUUUUUUCUUAAUGUUAAAUUGCAUGUAUACUAAUGCAUCUUUUCACAGUAAUUAGAUCAUAAUUAGUUAACGUUGGUAAAUGCAUUAGUUAACAUGAACUGACAAUAAGCUAUGCCCAUAAAUAGCUUUAAUUAAUGUUUUGUAAUGCUAAUUUAUUAUGUAGCAGCUAACACGCACACACACACAGGAUGAAUAGAUUUAAUUAGUUAACCAACGUUAACUAAUUAAACUGUUAAUGUGAAGAGAUAUAAUUCUUUUUAUGAAGAUCAGACUGUUGUUUUGAAACUAAGGUUUUGUCUUUUUUUUUUUUUUUUUAAACAAAAAUAAUGGUGGUGAAUGGGAGAUAUUUGGCGAAAGAAAAAUAAUUGUAAGAAAAUAUAAGAAAGAAUAUUAAAAUAACUUUAUUUUAAUAAUAUAUUACAGUAAUUUCUUUUGCUUUACACUAAACACUAAAGGAAAAUGUCAAACGAUUGAAAUGAUUGAAUCACUGUAGAAUACGUCUGUACAUUAACUGUCCACUAGAGGGCGUCCUUAACCACAUAAAACAAUCCAGCAGCCAUUGAGAAUGACUGAGAAAUAUUGAGGCAUUUAUCAAUCUCCAAUAAACCCAUUACUCCCUUUUUCUCAUCUGCACUUGUAAAAUGUCAGUAUCUGUUGAAACUACACUGCGAUCACUGUUACGUAACAGCAUAUUACUCUACUUUGUCUAUAGUUUACUACAAUUUUAUUUUUUAUUGUUUUGUACUUAAACAUAUUUAAUAUGUGCCAUAAUUUGUCAUGAAUAAGCAUAACUUAAGUGCACAAUUAAUGUGUGGCCAGACAAUAUUUGUUUUGUUCAAAGGCUGUAAUGCAUUUUUAGUUUUGUACUUUAGUGAAACUAUUUGUUAUUAUUUGUGUUUUGAAUGUCCUGACUAUUCAACUUCUGAUCGCUUUACAUUGGUCAGAUGUGAUUUUGUUAGAUUUGUGGGCAAAUUUGACUUUUUCAUUUAAAAUGAUUCUUUAUUCCAAAAAAAAUGUCAGCAGUUUAUUGAAACACUCUCUAUUUAAUACUGGGAUCCGUGUGAGAAAGAAAAUCCUGUUUGACUCAUCUCUCCGAGGGGAAUCAUCCAGGUGCUGCCUCUUCUUUUUUUUUAUUAUUUUUAUUUUCCGUUUCGAGUGUUUUCCGUUAUGUUGUUUUUCCAUAAAGCUUAUUUUUACCCUGUGUCUCUUGAUCUCAAUAAACUGAAAAAUGUUG